AGUGCAGUGGCAGACCUCUGUGUCGAAUUAGUUUUACAGGGAAGAGGCCAUAUUGGAGAACAAUCGGAUAAUUCUAACAAAUAUUUUUCUCCGGCGAUCGACGAUGGCAUUGCAGAGAUAUCUCUUAAAGCGAAGCUAUGAAACGAAGGAGAAGCUUCGACCUUUGUUAUUACGUAGCUUUUCUUCAAUAUCUGCUCCUACGCUUCCUUCCUGCGAUUACGAACCGAAGCCUUACAAAGGACCUCUAGCAGACGAAGUUCUUCAGAAACGAAAAAAGUAUCUUGGUCCUUCUCUGUUCUAUUACUAUCAGAAGCCUCUGAAUAUUGUUGAAGGAAAAAUGCAGUAUUUAUUUGAUGAGAAUGGCAAGCGUUAUCUUGAUGCGUUUGCUGGAAUAGUCACAGUGUCUUGUGGACAUUGCCACCCUGAAGUUGUGAAUGCUAUUGUGGAACAAAACAAGCUUCUUCAGCAUGCUACAACCCUCUAUUUGCACCAUGCAAUAGCUGAUUAUGCAGAGGCAUUAGCAUCGAAAAUGCCUGGAAACCUAAAGGUUGUAUAUUUUGUCAAUUCCGGAUCUGAGGCAAAUGAAUUAGCAAUGUUGAUGGCUCGGCUGUAUAGUGGUAAUCUUGGUAUGAUUGCCCUGAGAAAUGCAUAUCAUGGUGGCAGUUCUGGGACAAUUGGUCUGACGGCUCUAAACACUUGGAAGUACCCAAUUCCACAGGGUGAAAUUCAUCAUGUUAUGAGUCCAGAUCCAUAUCACGGGGUCUUUGGCUCCGAUGCCAGUUCUUAUGCCAAAGAUGUACAAGAUCACAUUGACUUUGGUACUUCAGGAAAAGUUGCUGGUUUUGUUGCAGAGACCAUUCAGGGAAUUGGAGGAGCAGUUGAAUUGGCCCCUGGAUAUUUGAAACGAGUGUAUGAUAUUGUACACAAGGCAGGUGGCGUAUGCAUCGCUGAUGAAGUGCAAACAGGGUUUGGUAGAACAGGAAGCCACUACUGGGGAUUUGAAACCCAAAGUGUACUUCCCGACAUAGUGACUAUGGCUAAGGGCAUUGGCAAUGGUUUACCAUUGGGAGCUGUUGUGACAACUCCAGAAAUCGCAAAUGUUUUGGCUGAAAAACUUCAGUUCAACACUUUUGGUGGGAACCCUGUAUGUUCUUCUGGUGGACUUGCAGUACUUAGGGUACUUGACAAGGAAAAGCGGCAAGCCCAUUGUGCAGAUGUUGGCUCUCACUUAAUUGAGCGUUUCAGAGCCCUUCAGCAAAAAUAUGAUAUCAUUGGAGAUGUGAGAGGCAGAGGCUUAAUGAUUGGGGUAGAACUUGUCACUGACAAGAAAGAGAAGACGCCUGCAAAGGCAGAAACUACUGUUUUGUUUGAGAAGUUGAGAGAGCUGGGAGUGCUAGUUGGGAAGGGAGGUCUCCAUGGAAAUGUUUUCAGAAUAAAACCACCCAUGUGCUUCUCAAAGGAUGAUGCAGAUUUCCUUGUGGAUGCACUGGACUAUGCCAUGUCAAAGUUGUGAGAAUUGACCUGCUAUGAUGAUUCCAUAAUCCUUAGCAUAAAAUCCGACUGUCAGAAAAAAGUAGAUUUGUUGGUACUCUAGUUUUAAGAAAUGAAAAUGGUUGCUUUUAGUAGAUUUGUUGGUACUCUAGUUUUAAGAAAUGAAAAUUGUUGCUUUUCUUCUGUUCCU